AGCCUUGGCCCGGGGCCGCGGGCUCCUGCGGCCUCUGCUGCUGGGCCCCUGUAAAUCCUUAGAGGCCGUAAAUGUUCCGUCGAGGCCGCAAAUUUCCAUUGAGGCCUAGAGAGCGAGGAAGAGGAUGACAAUGAAAUGGAAGUGGAGGACCAAGAUAGUAAAGAAGCUGAGAAGCCAAACAUCAUUAAUUUUGAUACCAGUUUGCCCACAUCACAUGUGUACCUGGGCUCGGACAUGGAGGAGUUCCACGGCAGGACGGUGCACGAUGACGACAGCUGCCAGGUGAUCCCCGUGCUGCCCCGGGUGAUGGUGAUGCUGAUCCCCGGCCAGACGCUGCCGCUGCAGCUCUUCCGCCCCCAAGAGGUUAGCAUGGUGCGGAAUUUAAUUCAGAAAGACAGAACCUUUGCUGUCCUUGCAUACAGCAAUGCACAUGAGAGGGAAGCACAUUUUGGAACGACAGCAGAAAUCUAUGCCUACAGAGAAGAGCAGGAAUAUGGAGUUGAAACUGUCAAGGUGAAAGCAAUAGGAAGACAGAGGUUCAAGGUGCUUGAAAUACGAACACAGUCAGAUGGAAUCCAGCAGGCCAAGGUACAAAUCCUGCCCGAGCGGGUGCUGCCUCCCACCAUGGCAGCAGUGCAGCUGCAGUCUCUCAGCAGGUGCCACGUGCUCCCCUCUUCCAAACCCACCUCCUGGCAGGACAGGGCCAUCAGGCAGUGGUGGCAGAAGUACCAGAAGAGGAAGUUCCACUGUGCAAGUUUGACAUCUUGGCCCCCCUGGCUCUACUCUCUCUAUGAUGCUGAAACCUUGAUGGAGAGAGUCAAGAGGCAGCUCCACGAGUGGGAUGAAAACCUCAAGGAUGAAUCUCUGCCAUCAAACCCAGUAGAUUUUUCUUACAGAGUUGCUGCCUGCCUGCCCAUUGAUGAUGCUUUACGUAUCCAGCUGCUCAAAAUAGGCAGUGCUGUGCAGAGGCUGCGCUGUGAGCUGGAUAUCAUGAACAAAUGCACAUCUCUGUGCUGUAAGCAAUGCCAAGACACAGAAAUAACUACCAAGAAUGAAAUAUUCAGCUUGUCCCUGUGUGGGCCCAUGGCAGCCUAUGUGAAUCCCCAUGGGUACAUCCAUGAAACGCUCACUGUUUAUAAAGCCUCCAACCUGAGCCUCAGUGGACGCCCCUCCACAGAGCACAGCUGGUUCCCUGGGUACGCCUGGACCAUCGCGCAGUGCCGGCUCUGCGGCAGCCACAUGGGCUGGAAGUUCACGGCCACCAGGAAGGAGCUGAGCCCCCCCCGGUUCUGGGGGCUGACGCGCUCGGCGCUGCUGCCCCGCAUGCCCGAGGACGCCGAGGACGCGGAGCGCGGCCGCUCGCCGCUGCUGUGCCUGUGACGGCCCGGGCCCUGCCGGGGCUGCUCCUCCUCCUCUGCCCCCACCAUCCCCAGGAACCAGCUCAGCCCUUCCCCGUGCUGCUCCUGCACAGGGACACACCGGGAGCGGGACACCGGGAAAUCUCUGAGCCACCUGGACGCGGCUGAGACCGGACUCGUGGAAUUCCCACCUGCAGUGAAGGAAGGAAGGGGAUGGAAACUAAAACCAAACUGAAAUCCCAACGAGCAGAGUCUGAUUGCUGCAGUAUUCCCGGGAUGGUAGAUGGCAGUUACCUGCUGUGGAGUGUUGGCCAUAACUCACUUACACGUGGUUUGCCGAGAAUCCCUGUUGCUAACUCUCUGAAGUCCUUCAGGUUUACUGCUUGUGCUGUUUCUCAGCUUUUUGCUGAAUAACCGUGGAAGAGAGAAGCAGCCUGAGCGUUUCUGAGUGCUGGAAUAGCUCCCUCUCCCAGGAUG